AUGUCAAACCAAGGAUACUCCCGACUUGUAAAUGAUCCAUCAGCUUCGGAUACGUUUGUUGCGGACUCGUUUCAGCAGCAGCAGGUAUGUGAUUUGUAAUAUAAGUUUUUAUUUUUUUAGAGAAUUGUCAACGAGCAAGAUGAAGACUUGGAAAAGGUUGCUGGGAGUAUAUCAACAUUGAAACACAUGUCAAGUCGGAUUGGCGAAGAAUUGGAGGAGCAAUCAGAGUAUGUGUUUAAGAUGCCAUCUCGAUUUCUGUGCUAAAACUUCUAUUCCUAAUAAAACAUUUUUCCAGUCUCUUGGACGACCUCUCGAAUACUAUGCAUCGAACACAAGCCCAGAUGGAUACAGUAAUGAGGAAGUUGGCGAAGGUAACUGGAAUGGAUGAUGAUAGUAAACAAUGGACGGCGAUUUUUGUCCUCAUCGGGCUCUUCUUUUUCCUUCUAAUGGUCCUAGUAGCAUUUUGA